UCUCUUUUUUCUCGGGACUGCCUGCCUUACCUUACCUUAGUCUCUCUUCACUAAAGAUAGUACCUCGAGGUUUAUCUUGAGAGAUUUCAUUGUUCUCCUUCACUUUUUUUUUUCGGAGUUGAAGCAGAAGAAUAAUCGUUUUCUUUUGCUUCACACUUUCACCAACACCGAGAAAUCACCCCCACUUACCUCCGGACGUCUCACCGACCGGCUCAUAGGGACCCUCCCAACCCCCCCUCCAAGACAAACACAUUCCUCGGGGGUCCCUUUCUUUCGAGUCGAGUCUCCCACGAUAGAGACACCAAACGCAAUCAGACAAUCCCGCAUUCCUCAGAUCUACCGGCACCGAACUGAAGGACCGCUUUGCCCGUCGUCGCCAUCAUGGCGCCGGCAGAUGGGUACUCGGCGCCGGGCGUCGCUUCCUACGACUCCAACACCAUGACGGUCGGCGAUGGCACAUGGGACUUUAGCAAGAAUACCUUCCUGUUGCCCAACCUCGUCGGCCUCAAUUUCGAGACGAUGCAGUACAAUGGCAUGGGCAAUCGCUUCUCGACCGUCGCCCAGUACCAUACUCUCAUUCUCGCCCACGGUGUCAUGGCCGCCAUCAUCUUCCUCCUCAUCGUACCAUUAUCCGUCUUCACAGCCCGCUUCUACACGGCGAAACCGGGGUACGCGAUACCCUAUCAUGCCCAACUCAAUAUCCUCGCGGCCCUUAUGCUCGUCGCCGUCUUCGUACUGGGCUGGUUCGCCGUUGGGCCCGAACGAAGCUGGACCAACCCCCACCACGCAAUCGGCCUGGCCAUCUUUAUCAUGUUCCUCCUCCAAAUCAUCGGCGGCCGGCUUGUGAGACAUAUCAGGGGACGUUCGCUCCGCAAAAUGUUCCACCGUUGGAGCGGUCGACUCAUUGCGCUCCUCGGCAUCAUUCAGGUCCCGCUCGGUCUGACCCUUUACGGCUCGCCCAAGUGGACCUUCAUCAUCUUCUCCCUCUGGCUAGCUUUCUUGCUGCUCGUCUAUUUCAUCCUGAGCUAUCGCGCCGAAGGUGCAGACCACCACCGUGGCCGUGAGACCUACAUUAGCGGAGGCCGCUCUGAGGGCCCAAGCGGCAUCACCGAGUCGGAGUACUACAGCGACGUCUACACCGAGAAACCCAAAAAGGACCGGAAAUGGCUGGCGCCUCUCGCGGCGGGCGCGACCAUCGCCGCUCUGUUCAGUCGCAAGAAGCACAAGGAGAAGGAGAAGGAGAAGGAGCUCAGCCGGGAACGAUCGCGAUCAAGGAGCCGCAGCCGUGGACCGGAGGUUAUCGGUUCACGACGUGGAUCCGCCAGCUAUCUCACGCCCAGAAGGGGCUCGGGCACAUACCUCGAAGACGAAAAGCUCACCGAAGUUGAUUCUCGCAGGGACGACAAGAAGUCGGGAGGUUUGCUGUCUAAGCUGGCCGGCAUUGGCGCUGUCCUGGGCGCUGGCAAGCUCGUGUCGAAUCUGAUGAAGCGCAAGGAAAAGCGGACCUAUGACGAAGAGUACUCCGCCGUUUCGGUAGAGACCCCGAGACGUCGCCCGAGUCGAAGCUAUCCCGCUACGAGUGAGUAUACUGAUUACACGGACUGGACCGAGGACACCCCGCCACCAAGACGUGGACCCCGCGAUGGCCCAAUCUUGCCAUCGCCUGGAGGACCGACAGCGGCAGCUGCGGCCCUAAGCGCUGCCGAACCGAGAACCAAUCGUCCACCGCACGCCAGAACCCGGUCACAGUACAGCUACGAGGACUCGGAAUACUCAUCGUACGUCAGCCCGUCUAGACGGCAUGAGGGCCCACAAGCUGGCGCCGCCAGUGGGGCCGGAAAGGGCAUCCUUGCUGGCCUUGGCCUAGGAUGGUUCGCCAAGAAGAUGGCCGACCGAAAGGCGAAGCGCGCCGAGGAGCAGAGAAUCCGCGAAGAGGAGGAUAUGAGAUCUGGUAUCACAGGGUCGAGGUACACGGGAGACGGCUUCAACUCUCCCUCCCGCGACCGGAGAGGCUCCCGUCGCAUGAGCGGGCGUCGGCCGCGACCUCCCAUGUCUGCUUUGAGCACCGAAAUCACACAAAUGACCGAAUCCUCCGAACUGGAACCUCGACCUCCGGGCACCGGCUACGGAGGCCCACCGAUGCCACCCCUCUCCGCCGGUCCCCCACCCCCUCCAGGAGGACCAGGAAUCUACCCUGUCGGCGACCACUCCCGCACAACCUUCUCUAGACACGAAGUCGUCGAAUCGGGCAUCAGCAUGCCCUCGAUGCCCCCCGACCCAGCAGGUGUCCUCCACCGCGAAUCCGAAACCGACGUCUACGGCUCGCCCGGCGGCCGGCCCCGACGCCGAGACUCUUCCAAGCGCAGGCGCGAUGGGGAAGAAGCCGCCGCUGCCGCCGUCGCAUCAGCGAGCGUUCUCGCCGCCGAAGAGCACGCCCGUCGCCACCGCGCCCAGUCCGAGCGCUCGCAACCUGUGAGCGUCAAGGUCCGUGUCCACGACGACAAGGACAGGAACGUCACGCUGCGGAGGCUUACGGAGGAAGAAGCCGCCGCUAGCAGGCGCGGGGACAGGCGGAGGCGCGCCGGGUCUGUGAGCAGUCUUUACGGAAGCGAAGUCGGCAGUGGACGACGGUACCGCCGGGACUCAAGUCAGAGGAGGGCAGAAUCAGCGGCAGAACGACUGGCAGAAACAGGAGGAAGAGAAGGCAGCCUCCCACCGCCGAACCCUGCUUUCGCCGCAGGACGACAACCAAAGGACUCGGCAUACUACUCUGGCGGCCCGCCGCCGCCGCCACCGGGCGUGAUGAUGGGCGAUGGAAACAUCUCGAGCAUAGGCAGCGAGAAUACCCACGCCGAUAAUCGUCGUAGACGCAGGCAGGAGCGUAGACGGAGCAGUGCAAGUCGCCCCACGGGCGCCGAUAUGUUUGAUUAAAGUUGCCUCUGGCGUAGAGGUAGAAAAAGAGUCUUUUUUAGAAAACCCUGCCGCAACCGCACCCGCAAACGACGAACAGUUCUUACAUGACGAUAAUCGCCCCGUACAUUAUC